UACACACCGUAUGAGAAAAGACGUCUAAAAAUAUCCACAAAUUAAUCGCCUGGGGUUGGUGAAAGAUGAACUAAUUCACCAUCUAAGAUUCUAGGGCUUUCAAUUCCCCUAAUCUAACCCUACCAAAAUUCAGAUCACAUCCCAUAAUCUCAACAUUUUUUAAUCUAUUCGUUGUUAGAUUAUCGAUUUUUUUUGUUAAUUGUUUGAAAAAGUUUCGUUCUUUACUGUUUUUGGCGUGAAUUAUUGCGAGAUUUUGGUUUGCGCUUCGAGUUGAAGGAUGGCGAGUGCUGGAGAAGCAGAAUACGAGAGUGAUCCGGAGGAAGCGAAGUUAUCCUUGAAGAUGCGAAGGAGAGAGGCGAGUGAUGAUGAGGAGGAAGAAAAGGAAGUGGAGGAGAGAGACAAGAGAGAGAAGUCCGUUCGGAUGAUUGAAUCUGACGGUGAAUCGGAAGGACAGGGUGCUGCUGCUGAUUAUGAUGAAGAGGAGGAAGAAGAAGAAUACGAUGAUGAAGAGUAUGUGGAGGACGAGGAAGUCUAUGAGGGGGAUGAGUACCAGGAAGCAGGUGGAAAUAGUGGCGGUGGUCACGAGGAAAGUGUUAAGGUGGUUGAAGCAGUAGCAGAGGGUGCUGAUGGAGUAAAGGAAGUUGUGGGAGAAGGAACAGGGUCGGGUCAAGGGGUUGAUGAUGGCAAUGAGAAUAAUGUGCAGGGGGAGGAGGACAAGAAAGAGAAUGAACCCUAUGCGGUGCCCACUGCUGGAGCAUUCUACAUGCACGAUGACAGGUUUCGAGACAAUGCUGGUGGGCGACACAGGCGGACUUUUGGUGGUAGGAAGUUAUGGGAAUCUAAAGAUGAGCGAAAAUGGGGACAUGACAAGUUUGAAGAGUUGACUGUGGAGGAGAGGCAUUAUGAAGAGGGUAGGAGGGGAUCAAGGGGUCGUUAUCGAGGUCGUGGUCGAGGGAGAGGGCGAGGGCGAGGGCAAGGGGCUGAGCGUGGAACUGUGCGAGGACGAAGACCGAUAGCAUACGUCAAUGACAGCUAUCCGAGCAACAAUAACAUCCAGAAAAUUCAGGAUAAUGCUCCAAAAGGUAUGAGAGGUCGGGGUCCAAGAAGGUAUCGACCCUCAUUUAAGGAUAAUAUUGAUGCAGCCCCUCCACCAAACAAACAAUCUGGUCUGUCAGUUGAGAAACGUUCAUAUCAUAGCACAGCCAAAGCAUCUGCUCCUGUAUCAAAUGUAGAAAAUGAUGCAGCGACAGCUGCAAAGCAAGGGUUUGUGUCAAGCUUGAAUUCUGCUUCUCCUCCAUUUUACCCCUCUAGUUCCUCCGCCAAAGAGAUCACUGUGACUCACAAGAGGGAACUGCAGACUGGGACUAGUAGCCGCAAUCUUCAUCCUACUGUCUUAGGAGAUAGUUCUGCUGUGUCACAAUCAACUUCAGUGUUACGAGGGAAGAAUGCUAGUGAUUCUGCUAGCCUUGACAAACUUAAUAUUUCUGAUCCUAUUACUGCAGUAGCUUCGAAUGUUUCAUCCGGUUUGCAGUUGGCUCCUGGUUCCUCAACUGUAAAUCCUACUCAGUCGCAGCCAUUGAGAGGCCAAGGAAGAGGAUUUAAUGCAAUGCCAAAUGUGAAUUACCAAUCUCCUGUAAUAAACAACCAAUUCAACAGAGUUUCUCAGCCGACAAAUCUCCAUUCGACUCAGACGAAUCCUGUUCUAGGUCGAGAGCAAUCUUCUUUCCAAGCUACUGGUCACCAGUUUGCUCAGCGAUCUGGUACUAGAUCUCAAGGUUCAUCUCCGCCCAAAACUGAAACUGGGGAGUUUGAAUCUUCUUCAGAUUCAAGUAAAUCAAAGAGUGCUAUGGUUGCAAAAGGAAAAGGCACUCUUCAGAGCACUGGAAGGGGAUCAGUUCUCUAUGGCGGAGCUCAGGUUAUGGGUGCACCUGGAAGCAUGGGUAGUGGUGAUCAGAACUUUCCUACAACACCAGCCUUUUUGCCAGUCAUGCAAUUUGGCGUCCAGCACCGCAGUGGCAUUCCUGCUGUUGGCAUGGCUUUUCCUGGAUAUGUUGGUCAGCCACAACUUGGUUUGGGGAAUUCUGAGAUGACAUGGUUGCCAGUUUUAGCUGGAGCUGCUGGAGCAUUAGGUGCAACAUACUGUUCUCCAUAUAUUGCUAUGGAUGGUUCUUAUCAUGCUCGCCCAUCUGGGCAAAUAUCUUCUCUCACUGCUGCUCCAAGCAAAGAGAACAAUACCAGUAAACCAAAUAAUGAAAGCAAUCCCCAACAGCGACCAGAGCUCUCAAAUGAUGACUUAGGCCAGCGUCAGAAGAAUCCUCGCAGAUAUACAGAGAUGAAGUUCGAUCAGUGAGCUAGUUUGUAGGUUGAAGCUGUUUGAAUAAGCAGAUUAAGGCCUUCUCCCAGACCCUAUGUUCUCCAGGUGUUGAUCUGGAGUAUCUAGGGUUCUCAUGUAUUGUGAUGUAUUUUAGGUUUACAUGACAAACGCCUGCUCAUGCUGCUUCACUUUCGGAGACGCACUGCAGCUUGACGGGUGGCAGUUAUUUGUUUAAAUAUAUGGUUCUUGUGGCUUGGUUUUUCUUUAACUGAAGGAAUUGAAAAAUGUUGAUGAGUUUCUUCAAAUGGUGAUGGAAAAUAAUGAUGGAAGUCCUGAAGCGGUUGCAUCUGUUUUCUUAUUAUGUGAAGUUUUUUCUCUUCUAAGCUCUAGUGUCUUCUCAAGUUUUCUGUUAGUGGCCUCAAGUUACUACUAUUUGGUGGAUAUUUUCAGGGCUUUGUAGUUAAAUAUUAUGUUAACGAAAGAGCAUGGCUUGCUCAGACAUGGAAUAAUAAAUUAUGUUUCAAAGAGA